GUUUUUGUGCGACGUCUCACGCUGGGUCGGUAGCUCCUUUUUUGCGAAGGAAUGUCGCUGAUAUAUCUCUGUUGGGAUGGAGGUUUGACAAAUGUUUUGAGAAAAAGAUGUCGGGACUCCAGUUAUUUUUUAUCUCAUUAAAUAACCAUGAUUCUCAAAACAACAUGGUAGUUACCUCCACCACUGACUGGCGAGCAAGAACAUUCAGCCAGGUUUAAGAGAACAGCUGCUCAAUUUAGACUCAAUAUUUAGUAAUUUGGUAUCAUAUUUGCUUCUAAGCAUGGACCCUUAAAAUCCUCCGCCAUCAGGACACAUUGUUACUCUUUGUCUUUAGUUGCUGUGUGACAAAUUGUCAGGGAAGUUCCACAGUUCUACCACUCGUUUCCGUACAAGCUUGUGAAAGCUCAUCGAGAUGUUUUCAGCGCUGAAGAAGCUGGUGGGAUCUGAGCCAGGGCAGCUAAGGGACAAGAAUAUUCCAGCUGGCCUGCAGUCGAUGAACCAAAGUUUGCAGAGGCGCUUUGCCAAGGGGGUUCAGUAUAAUAUGAAAAUAGUUAUCCGGGGAGAUAGGAAUACUGGAAAGAGUACUUUAUGGCAUCGACUGCAGGGCAAGAAGUUUGUGGAGGAGUACAUACCCACUCAGGAGAUCCAAGCCACAAGUAUUCAUUGGAAUUACAAAACUACUGAUGAUGUGGUGAAGGUAGAGGUUUGGGAUGUGGUAGACAAAGGUGUAGGCAAAGGCAAAAGGCGUGGAGACAAUUUGAAACUGGAGAACGAGCCCCAAGAGUCAGAUGAGGUGGCUCUGGAUGCCGAGUUCCUGGAUGUGUACAAGAACUGCAAUGGAGUCAUCAUGAUGUUUGACAUUACCAAGCAGUGGACAUUUAACUAUAUCCUGAGAGAACUACCCAAAGUACCCACCCAUGUGCCGGUGUGUGUGUUGGGAAACCACAGGGACAUGGGCGAGCAUCGUGUCAUCCUCCCUGAUGAUAUAAGGGACCUGAUUGCUGGACUGAACAGACCAAUGGGAUCAUCUUACAUCCAUUAUGCUGAGUCCUCUAUGAAGAACGGGUUUGGCUUGAAAUAUCUGCACAGAUUUUUCAACAUCCCCUUCUUGCAGCUACAGAGAGAGACCCUCCUGAGGCAGCUGGAGACCAACCAGCUGGACAUGGACGCCACCCUGGAGGAGCUCUCUGUCCAGCAAGAGACUGAAGAUCAAAACUAUGAGAUUUUCCUUGAGAACUUGGAGUCUCGCAGUAAGAGCUAUGGCUCUCCUGGUCCAGCCAAUGGUCAGAGUUCCUCCUCAGGCUCCCAGUCCCCCAUCGUCCCUCCCAGUGGGGCCUCCACAGGCAGCUCCAGCCCCAGCACUCCUCAGCCCCCCAUCCCCUCCCAGCUGCUCCCACAGUCACCAUCUGUGUCUGCAUCUUCCCCUCCACCUCCCACGGCAAUGGUUAGCGGGGCAUCUUCACCUACUGUUGAGUCAAAGCCAUCAGCCCAAUCUCCCGAACACCAUCAAUCCUCAGUCCCAUCUGGAGUGUUGGCCCCCCAGAAACGCAGCUUCAUCUCCCGCUGGUUUGGUUCAUCACCUGCUGCUGAUGCUCCUGUUUCUGCACCAGAGGACCCUGCUGCACCAGUUUGUCCUGCUAAGGUUCAGAGUGUGGAUGACUUCGUACCAGAUGAGAGACUGGACAAGAGUUUCCUGGAGGACAGCCUGCCCGCAAAGACCAAGGUGCCUCAACCUGCAUCGGCUCCGGCUGCGGACAGUGAAAGUGAUGGCGAAGACAGAGCAAACCCCAUGGUGUCUGGUUUCCAGGAUGAGCUGGAUCCUGAUGACACUGAGCCCAGCCUUCCCCAACCUAGACCCCUGCCCCCCAGUAAAGAUAUCACUCUAACCAGUGACGAGGAGGAGGGGGUACCAGCAGCCCACCCUAUCACACAGAACCAAGACUUGGACAGUGAACCUGAGCUGAAAGCGCCUGUGAUUCUCAUCGCAAAACCAAAGGUGGCAUCUAAAGCUCCAGAGCCCAGAGGCCAGACCACAGCGCCCAUCUCCCUCACCUUAAUUCCAACGGAUGAACAGCCGGCCCAACACCAAGGCAAGAAGGGAAACACACCCAAACCUGAGGACUCUGAUACUGACCCUGAGGCCCCUGUAGCCCAGCAAAUGCUCUCUUUUGUCAUGGAUGACCCCGACUUUGAGUCUGAAGCGUCAGACACACCAAAAAUAGCAAAGGAUACAUUUCCAGUCAGGGAUGAGCUUCUGUCCGAUCUCUCUGACGAUGACAUGCAGUUAGCCAAAGUGCCAGAACCUCUAAAGCCCACUGUGAUCUCCUUCAAACAAAAGGACAAUACCGACCUGUUUGGCCUCGGCAUCCAAGAAGAGGCUCCCACAGCCAAGGACAGCAGCGAGGAGCAGGAAGAGAAAGAAAGUAAACACUCCUCUAAAGAAAAGAAGAAAAAGAAGAAGAAAAGCAAAGAGGUAAAGUAG